AUUACUACUACAUUUACUAAUAACAUUGAUGAAUGUGUAUGUACUCAGGUACAAUAAGGUACAUACUGUGACUGUUGUAGCCCUGGAAGGUUGCUUGCCUACCUAGUACCGUCUUGCCUGUCUUGCCUGUCUCUCUCUCUUGCCUGCCUUAUCCUUUUCCAACCUUUUUUUACCUUGCUCUUGCUCUUGCUUGCUUUGGUGCUACCGCUGUCAAUUGAGCAACGUCCUUCCAACCUUUCCUCCUUCUUACAAUUCUCCAUCUCUAAUCUCCUCUCCCAUCUUCUUCCAUCAUCAUCAAAACAUCCAAAGGGAAGACCAACUGUGAGAAUUAAUUCAUCAAAGUCUAUUGACUUCUUUUUUCUUGCAUAUUCUCUGAAUAUUCUACUGCAAAAUAACCCUUCUAUUCUCUGUCCCCUAAUCCAACGCCUUUUCCCCAACCAUGGCUGAGAUCCGCCGAAAGCUGGUCAUCGUCGGUGACGGUGCCUGUGGUAAAACCUGCUUGUUGAUUGUUUUUUCCAAGGGAACCUUCCCUGAGGUCUACGUCCCUACCGUCUUCGAGAACUAUGUCGCCGAUGUCGAAGUUGAUGGCAAGCACGUCGAAUUAGCCUUAUGGGAUACGGCUGGUCAGGAAGAUUAUGACCGUCUCCGACCUUUGUCCUACCCGGACUCGCACGUUAUCCUAAUCUGCUUUGCCGUCGACUCCCCUGAUUCUCUCGACAACGUUCAGGAGAAGUGGAUUUCCGAGGUCCUUCAUUUCUGCCAAGGUUUGCCCAUCAUCCUCGUUGGCUGCAAGAAGGAUCUGCGUUACGACGCCAAGACCAUCGAAGAGCUACGUAAGACUAGCCAGAAGCCCGUGUCUCCUGAGGAGGGUGAGGACAUUCGUAAGAAGAUAGGUGCCUACAAAUACCUCGAGUGCUCGGCCAAGACGAAUGAGGGUGUGCGAGAAGUUUUCGAGCACGCCACCCGGGCAGCUCUGCUAUCUCGCAGCCGCCAGAAGAAGCACUCCAAGUGCUUAGUCCUUUAAAGAGAUAAACAAACCCCUUUAUGACACCCUCGACAUGCCGUCAUAAUUCAUCGUCGUCCUGGGUUCAUUUCGUGGACGAGAUACACAGAUGACAAAGGGUUUUGGACGGACUGGAAGGGUUGGACGACCACUGUGUCAUUAGUCCCGGCUGGAGUUUGAUUCGUCCAAUCGUAACUGCUACUUCGGCCGGCGUACAACUCAGGUCAGCUUUUCGCGCGUCUCCCAUAUUGUAUUGGGAGUCUAUUGGUGAUGGGGUAGCGGGGUAUCAUGGUACUUUGAAUUCCCAUGGAUUGUGAGAAGAGAGAGAAAGAGAGAGAAGGGGGGGAAGGCAUGUGCUGCUGCCGUUAGAGAGAAUUGUGGUGAGCGUGUGGUAUGUGUGUCAAGAUUGGCGAGACAACCCCCAGAGAAUACGGCUAUAUCAUAAAUCUUCUCCUUUUUACUGCUCUCUUGGUAAUUCCCGCGUUAGGCCAACCGGGAGAUGGACAUUUGUUGCGCAGAGGGGCUACACUUUCUACCUGUCUUUUUUCCCAAUCGUACUCCUUACUAAUCCUCAUGUCC